UGACAGAAGAAGCAUAGCAGCUAUAAUUGGAGCCCAGCCCUUCUGGCCUGUAGCCCAGUCAGGAAUCACAGGUUUUUGAGGCUGUGGAUGGAGGUUGGCCGGACGACGCGGGAAGAAAGCUGUGGAUGAGUUCUCAAAAUGGGGUCGCUGCCCGGAGACACGAUCCGAACCCGGCCCAAUGGACUGGUGCCCCACUGCAGACAAGCCUCAAAUUGUAGACUUCACGGCCACUUUGGACAACUGCGGAAGACAAUGGCUAAAGCACUGGUCACUGGAGGAGGGGGCUACUUUGGCUACCACCUGGGCUGUGCCCUCGCCAACAAAGAGAUCGGGGUUGUUUUGUUUGACAGGAAGAAACCUAAAUGGGACAUUCCCAAGCAAGCUGUGUUUUUCCAGGGAGACGUGCAAGAUUACGAGGCUGUGUUCGAAGCUUGCGAAGGGGUGGACUGCGUGUUCCAUGUCGCGUCAUAUGGCAUGUCAGGGAUGGAGCAACUGCAAAACAAAGAGCUGAUCGAAUCCAUAAACGUGGGAGGGACGAAAGUCGUCAUCAAGGUAUGCCAGCAAAGGAGCAUUUCCAGACUGAUAUAUACCAGUUCGGUAAAUGUUGUAUUUGGAGGGGACCCCAUCGAAGACGGUGACGAGGAAACAGUGUCGUAUUUUCCUCUGGAGAAGCACACCGACCACUAUUCGAGAACCAAAGCAAUUGCUGAUCAAAUGAUACUGGCCGCUGAUGGGACCCCACUUAAAGGAGGUGGUACACUUCAUACCUGUGUCAUUCGCCCACCCGGCAUCUACGGGCCCGAGGAACAGAGACACCUUCCACGAGUUGCUAAUAACAUCCAAAGACGUCUCUUCAUCUUUGAGUUUUGGAGUCCCAACACCCUGAUGAACUGGGUCCACGUUCUCAACCUCGUACAAGGUCAUCUCUUGGCCUCUGUGGCCCUAACUGCUGAGAGAGGCUACAUCGCUAGUGGUCAGGUAUAUUAUAUAAAUGAUGGAGAAAACACCAAUUUUUCUGAAUGGAUCACCCCGCUGUUUGAGAAACUGGGCUACAAGAAGCCAUGGAUUCGUGCUCCUGCUUUUCUCGUUCAUGCAACAGCUGCCUUGCUGGAAUAUCUGCACCUGCUCCUUAAACCAGUUUUCAACUUCACUCCUCUCGUCACCAGAAAUGAGAUAAGAAACCUGACAGUCACGCACACGUUUCGAAUAGACAAGGCCCAGAAGCAGCUGGGUUACUGCCCCCAAAAGUUCACGCUGGCCGAUACCGUGGAUCAUUACCUAAAAACAAGACCCCACUGCCGAGAUCAGGCAUUCUCCCAUGUGCUGUUGCUUACAUUUGGCAUGUUUUUAUCUGUGGUCUUUCUGUCUUUCCUCUUUUAAGAACAUUCUGUAUUCUUUGGGUAGAAUGAAUUGUUUUGCAUGUAAUGAAUCACAGGAGAGAAACUAAGGGGCCGGAUCCUCCCUCUAAUAGUACUUCAACUGUGAUGAACGUGUGUUACUUUCGACAAGCCGCUUAGAUAUCGUUUUCGUGGAUGUAUGACGAACGGCCAAUUGUCCCAUCGCAACACUGCAGCUGAGCCGGGAGAGUCACUCUCUUGGCCGUGAAAGCCAAUCGUUGCUACGAACUUGCAUAUUUCAAUGGUCCAUCGCUGGACGCUUUUGCGUGCCUGUGCAAACCUUUCCGGUGACAAGUUACGGUGAAGUCGUUGCUGUCUUCCAUUGCCUGCUUUAAAAAACUGUGAUCCUUAAAUGUGAAACAGUCUGUUGGUCCUGGGAACAGAUGCCGACUGUGGAUUUUAAAACGAUUGCACUGAGGUCCUGACGUCGUUUCUGUGGUCUUGAAGAUGAGAAAUAAAGUUUCCC